AUGGUGCACAUAUCUUGUUGUCUAGCGAAUGCCGCACCCGCAUUGGUGGCCCUAUUGAGCCUAAUUUUCACCACAUCAGCGACACCUUCGGAGUACAACAGUCACACUGGACAAUCUUCUUGGCCGUCGGCGAAAGAAUGGGCGAGCUUUAAUAGCAGUCUAUCUGGCAGAUUGCACCGCACAAUUCCCUACGCCGCAAGCUGCUAUUAUAGUUCUCCAUACUACGACCCUUCAGCUUGUGUGGUCGCCGCAGAGAACUACACAACAAACCAGGCACGAACCGAUGUAUACGGCGCAGCGACAUCCCUCAACUGGGAAGUUUGCCAUACCGAAACAUGCGCACUGAAUGCGGUCAGACCGUUCGAAUCCCUCUCAGACGACUGCCACCUCGGCCGGUUGUCAUCAUUGUAUGUCGAUGCUUCUGAACCUCAACAUGUGGUCACCGCUGUCAAGUUUGCCCGAAAGCAUAAUCUCAGAGUCACCGUCAAGAACACUGGACAUGACUACUUUGGCCGCUCGACCAGUCCCAACACGCUUGCGAUUUGGACUCACCGCAUGAACACGAUGAAGUAUCAUGCGGACUUUGUUGCGUCGAACUGUUCGGUUUCGAACGGUCAACAUAUCGGGGAGAUAGGGGCUGGUGCUCAAGCGUCGGAUAUCUACACCUAUUUCCAGGAGUUCAACAUGGAUGUGACGGGCGGAAAUGAAGGAUCGGUGGGCCUGGCGGGCGGGUUUGGUCAAGGAGGUGGUCACGGUAUUUUUGGUCCUUCGUACGGUCUAAUGGUGGAUAAUGCGGUCGAGUUCGACGUUGUGACGGCAGAUGGCCAAUUCCGCACCAUCAACCGAUGCAAUGACCCCGAGCUCUUUUGGGCCAUGCGAGGUGGAGGCGGAGGCACCUUCGCAAUUCUCACAAGCUACCGGUUCCAACUCCACCCGGCCGUUAAGAUCAAUGUGUAUCAGCUCGAGGCCAACUUCACGCUCCAUGGCAAUGAGACGGCCAAUUACCCGGCCCUGGAACAACUACUUACCCAGCACGCGACGAACCAACCGGUCUGGUCCCACCACAACAUUUCAGGGCAUGCGUACUACUGGCCGACUAGAGCCGAGAUUUACCUCGUCUUGCCGUCCAACGACGAAACAGCCCUGAAAUCUCUCACCAGUGAAUUUGCCUCCUUCGUGACGAACAACCCCGGUAUCCGAGUCAACCAGAGCACCUACACCACCUACCCCAAAUACACCGAGUUCCUCCAGGUCACCAACAACAUUGCCGCCAAACUAACCCCAGGCGGCAUCUUCGGAGUCGUCGCAGGUCGGCUAAUGCCAGAAUCCUUAUUCGAAACCCGCCACACCGUAACCGAUCUCGUCCAGGCCGUCCUCGACGGCAUCCGCCUUAGCAAUAAGCUACUUCCCGAGAGUUCCGUCUCCCAGGUCAUCAUGACCACCCCGGUGAACCACCGAAACGGGGAUGCGACAAGUGUUAAUCCCGCCUGGCGCUCGGCUCUUUGCCAUGUCCUCAUGACCGGUGGAUGGACGGAGCAGCUCAGCAACUUUACCGAGGCAGAACUUGUGGAAACAUGGCUGGAUACGGUCGAGCCCCUGAAGGGGCUUACCCCCGGUGGAGGCUGCUACCUGAAUGAAGGCCAUUACUUGGAACCAGAGUGGCAGGAGACUUUCUUUGGAUCAAAUUAUCCGGAAUUGCUUCGAAUCAAGAAAAACUAUGAUCCAGAUCAUUUCUUUGAUUGCUGGAAAUGUGUCGGCUGGCAGGGUCCUUCGGGCACUAACACGGUGACCCAGUGCGACAAGAAGGUUCCCCAGUGUGGUCAAUGCAUUCGCACGCGCGAUAUUUGCCUUGGAUACCGCGAUGAAUGGGAUUUAAUCUUCCGUGACCAGACAAACCACACCAUCAAACGGUCCAGUAAGACACGAGAAACGAAUGGGUUCUCGACCAGGACUAUCCCGUUAAUUCCACCUACCCGAGGUCUGGAUCCCAGUCUCGAGGAGAUAGGCGUGAAUUAUUUCCUCCGGGACUUUGUCGCGGGUGGUCUCUGCCCUUCACGCGGAUAUCUGAACUAUAUCCCGACGGUCUAUUCUGCCGAUGCGGAGCACCCGGCCCUCAUUGCCAGUAUGGCGGCCGUGGGUCUCGUCGCGUUGGCCUCUCACCAGCCCGAGCUGGUCAUUCGUGCGCGUGCCAAAUACUCAGAGGCGAUCCUCCAUGUAAACCAGGCGUUAGCAUCCCCGGCAGAGUCCGUCAAAGACAGCACCUUGAUGUCGGUAAUAUCGCUGGGAGUUUUCGAGCACAUCUCCAAUUUCGAGUCUUGGGUUCGACAUGUCAAAGGAGCUGCAGCGUUGGUGGUUGCCCGCGGCAAAUCUCAAUUUGCCCGUAGGCCUGCCAUCCUGAUGUUCAACCAGGUGCGCGCAGAUAUGUCAGCGGCUUGUAUUCAGACCGUACAGCCGUUUCCAGACGACUUGCGGGAGCUGCAGGAAGAGGCGACCAAGUAUACCGACCGUUCGGAUGCAUUAUGGUUACUCGGAGUGCUCGCCACGCGGUGCGCAACCCUUUUCGCGGGCGUCGCAAAGAAGCAUGAUGACAAGUCUUUACUGAUACCCACGUCCUGGUCGGACUUCCUAGAAGAGUCGAUCGCGAUUCAGAGUGAAUUUCAAUACGUUCUUGAUAUCCUUACUACGCAAGAACCGUACAUAACAAUCACGGAACCCCGUGGGAGCGCGACCUUCAUUUCUUGUGAUGGCCAAUAUGACCUAUACAAGACAUCUUGGGCAAUAAGACUGUGGAACAACUCUCGAAUGGUUGAAAUCAUCGUUUGCCAGAUUAUAUGCUGGCUCAUAAACAAGGUGCUCGCCGAGGAGCCGGCUUACCCCGCUGAGGGCCACCUGAAGCUUCAAUCAAAGCUCCGGUAUACAAUGCAGAUUAUUUCAAAACGAGUAGCGGAGAUACUGGCCAGCGUUCCACAGGGCCUAGGGCUUGUAUCGGUCCCUGAUGCUGAUAGACUCCAAGAACCCAACGUGUCGGGUGGGUAUAUGCUGAUCUGGAAUCUGUAUACAGUCGGUAAAUCUCCUGCUAUCAGUCAUCAAAAUCGCCAAUGGGUCAUCAAGCAACUUAAGGGUAUCAGUGAGCGUGCAAAUAUCGCAAUGGCGUCUCAGCUUGCGAAGGAUCUUGUUGAAAUAGGACGAAGUGAACAUUGA